GACCCAAAACCAACAUCUGGGCUCACCAGAGAAGUCAUAAUGCGAAGGAAGACGGAGAGCACAUAACACCUCCUUAUCUCUCCGGUUACAGCGCCUGAUUGCAGUUGAAGAUGACACAGGGACUUCUCCAAUGGAGUCCUUGCCACCAAUAUCUCUCCCUUUCCUUCACUAUCCCCACAACCAAACACACCCAACUCCCACUCUCAAUCUCUGCCACACUAGAACCCGCCACCAGUACCCAACAACACCUCACUGCCAGAGAGAGAAGGCAGCUGAGGAACGAGAGGAGAGAGAGCAAAGCUGGUACCAAUUGGAAAGAACAGGUGGAGGAAAAGCUUCUGGAGAAGCCCACGAAGAAGUUCGCUAAUUGGAAAGAAGAGCUCAACAUUAAUAACCUCGCUCGUGAGGGCCCUCAAUGGUGGAUCGUUAAGGUCUCUCGACUCAAGGGCCAGGAGACUGCUCAGCUCAUCGCUCGCUUGCUUGCUAGGAACUACCCUCACAUUGAUUUUAAGGUGUAUGCUCCAGCUAUUCAUGAGAGGAAAAAAUUGAAAAAUGGUACUUACUCAGUUAAACCAAAACCCCUGUUCCCAGGGUGUGUGUUUAUAAGGUGUGUUUUGGACAAAGAGAUACAUGACUUCAUAAGAGAGUGCGAUGGAGUUGGAGGCUUUGUUGGUGCUUUGGUUGGAAAUACGAAAAGACAGAUCACCAGACCCAGGCCAGUUUCUGAGUUUGACAUGGAAGCUAUCUUCAGACAGGCAAAGGAAGAACAACAAAAAGCUGAACAAGCUUUUGAACAAGAUCAGCAAGAAGCAGCCCUCAACGAUGGGCUCAAUUCUGAUGAUGCUGUAAAGUCUACUGGAGAUUCUAAACCAAAAAGGCGAUCUAGAAAAACACUUGAUCCUCUCAUAAAUGGUUCAUCUAAAGGAAAGAAUGAGAAGCUCGUCCCAGGUUCUAGUGUACGAGUUGUAUCUGGGACUUUUGCAGAAUAUGUAGGCAGCCUCAAGAAGCUGAAUCGCAGAACAAAAAAGGCAACAGUGGGAUUUACGUUAUUUGGGAAAGAAAGCUUAGUAGAUUUAGAUGUCAGUGAAAUUGUUUCAGAGACCACGUAAAUAUGUUCAUCCCUCGUAAUCAUUAUUAAAUGGUUCUCAUUAUAAGUUGCUGAUGGUGCGAAGCACCAGUACAUGGGAAAAGAGGUGAUUACUUUUGACAUCCAUUACUUUUAUUAAGUCGUAAAUCCAUGUUAAUUGGGAUUGGCUACCUGAUUUGAGGCCAUAGAAAUUGCAUUCCUACUGAUAAUGUAUGUCCUUCCUAGUGAGGUCACAUUCUGACCUCCGCCCAGAUGCUUUUCCCCUUUACUGCCAACUUCCGUUAUUUAAAAUCAUGGUGCAAUGUGAUUGUUUCAUAUGACGUAUCAGAUUAGUGUGCUUUUGGCCGUGUUUUGUA